AUGCACAACGAGUUUAGGCUAAAACGCGUCUCGUUUAUUCCCACAACCUAUCACCACAGUACAAACACAACCCCCACAAUCACCAUAAUGCAGUCGGCACGACGAAAACAGACGGCGUUCCCCUCUCGGGGCGUGGCUGCCACCAAGCGAGAAUUAUCUGCGGAUCAACGACAAGAGAUCCAGGAGGCCUUCGACCUGUUCGAUGCCCAUCAGAACCGAGCUCUGGACUUUCAUACCCUCAGAGCAGCCAUGCGAGCACUCGGCUUCGAGCUCAAGAAGGCUGAGGUGCUGCAGAUUCUGGACGAGAACGACACGACACAGCAGGGCGUGAUGACGUGGGAGGCGUUUGAGCAGGUUAUGACACAGAUGAUUCUGGACCGAGACCCGCUGGAGGAGGUCAAGCGGGCCUUCCAGCUGUUUGACGAGGACAACACCGGUAUUAUCACUAUCAAAAACCUGCGAAAGGUGGCCCGAGAACUCAACGAAAAUAUCGACGAGAGUGAACUGCAGGCCAUGAUUGAGGAGUUUGACCUUGACCAGGAUGGAGGAAUCAAUCUCGAGGAAUUCAUCGCCAUUUGUACCGAAAACUAG